AUGACAGAUGUUAUGGGGUUACAAAGAAAGUUGGGCCGUCGUCGUUUGCGAUACAAUAGAUCACAAGGAUGUCGUUCGUCUUAUGAAGCCAGGAACAUUGGUGAGUAUGAUGCUAGUAGGCAAUGCAAAAACCAAGAAGGAGAUGCUAGUAGGAAAUGCAAAGCAGAGGAUAUUCCAUCUCCCGAAGCUGAGGCCAACUUCAUGGGAACAAAGAAGUUUCGUGCUGAGAGAAAAGAGGUGACGCGGGAACAUAUCAUCGCCACGACCAAUGCGUAUGUCCUCUACGUCCUUGGAGCUGUUAUCUUCUCCAAUGUUUCUGGUGCCCGUGUGAGCGCCAACUUUAUCCAACUGUUGCAACCAUUUGACAAGAUUCAUGAAUACUCUUGGGGUAAUGACAUUCUUGCACACUCGUUGAACGAGUUGAGAAAGGCUUCUAAGGCUCAAAUGAACCAAAUGGGAGGGAAUAUGGAUUUUUUGCAUGCGUGGAUAUAUGUGCACUUCCCAAUAUUUUCUCAAAGGGCUUUUGAGAACAAGGAAUGGAACCACGAGUAUUAUGGAGACAAGUACACCUACAAAAGUAAGCCAAAGAAGAAAAGAACGGAUUAUCUGAAUUUGAGAAGCCAGUUGGACAACUUGACAACGAAAGAUGUUAUCUUUGAUCCUUACAAGAAGGAUUUGGCUGAAGGAAAAGGAAAAAGAAAGAAGGAAGAAAGAGCGUUUCACAGAUAUCCUUUGGGUGGUCCAUCUCAAAUAGAUGACGAGGCAAUUCCGGAUUACAUGCCGUGGUACCUCAAUGUAUCGCAUACCCGAGUGAUACGAGUAGAUGAGAGGCCCAAGAUAGAGGACAAAGAUACGACUCUCGAAUUCCUGGCAGCACCUCCACACUCAUCAACCGUAUCUGUUGCUGUCCAAUUACUAGAGUUAGAAAUGGGUUUCACACUACCCGUACAUGGAUUUAAGGGUUAG